UUUGCUACUAUUUGUUUUAACCAAUUAAAAGCUGAGUAGCCAUACAAUGACUUAGCCCAUCGCAGGUGGCGGCAAGGCUCACGUAUGGUCUUGGCAGUCAACAUUUCGUGAAAUGCGAGUGUGAGUGUCUCUGAAGAAUGAAUAAUAGCAUUUGCAACAUAAGCUUCGUUAGGAGUGUUUGAACCGGGAUGUAAAUUAAACUGUGAUUACUGUAUUCGUACCACAUGCUAAAUAUAGCUUAAAAUCUGACAUCUGUGGACAACCUAAGUUCAGACUGCCUGUCCGUCCCAUCAAAGUGCACUAAGUAUCCGCAGUGUGCUUCAAGGCUUUCUAUUGUUAGACGUCUUAAUGUUGGUCCACGCCAGUAGGUCUAUGGGUUAAUCCAGGCAAUCAGACAAGUAACAACCUAAUCACCCUACAUAGCUUUCAAUUUUGCCAUGUGACUUGACAACACACAGUACAAUACUCUGUCUUUUGUCUUUGCCACUAGUAACUUCGUAACGCUAAGUAUUCCGACUAUACGGACCAUGGUUUGGCAAGCUGACAAAGUGAUUUUCUCCGAACUUGGUGUAGUCUAAGGUUGUGUCAUCACCUUUGUUCUCUGUCCCUGCAGUGGUCAUGAUCGCAUUGUAGAAGUGUGCAAUAGGAUGAUCAACCGCAGCGAUAUGCAGUUACUACAUGCUUUCAUCAACCUUAGUACUGACUCAGUCAUAGACGUCGUAAAACCCAGUGUGUCUCGAUUCGAGUUAUCACACUACAUCAGCAUCGUGAGAUAAUAUUAUCAUACAAGUCCCAGAGUAGUACAAGUGAUAACUUUCAAUAGCAAUAGAAGAGGUACAAACCAAGAAAGUAGUAAAUUUCAGUAUUCAGGGUCUGAGGACAUGAAUAGGCUCGCCUUUACCAUUUCCGACGAUUCCUAGCCACGCUACUCAGUCUCAACUCGUCGGUUACGACUCGCGAAAAUCCCAACAUGUUUGUCUAUGCCUACUUACAUAACUGAGCCCAAAAGUCAGUGACAGGCAAAUGCUGUCCUAGUUUGGUCGCUCCCAGCUUUCACCCUACUCAUUUAACAAAUAUCGCUUUCCAAGGUAGGAGGUGGUAGGGCGUAUGCAACGGAUGUGCAGUUAACUUCGAGCGUUGACGAUAUGCUACUUCAUCAUUCCUCUCUGGCAUUGCUAUUAUUUCGAGAUACCAUUUCACUUUGGUUGUACGACAGUAUUUGUGCCAGAUCAACAUGACAGACUUGCGACUCGGUGAUCCGUUUGAUCGCUUACUACUUGUAGUUUCCUUUUGCUUUACUCUACGUUCAAAAAUCGCAGCCAUUGCACUAAGUUUACGAAUUAUAUGUGCAACAUCUGUUUGUACUCGAUCUGGAUUCAUGUUUCAUCCCUUGUGACGCAUGGCCAACGGUAAGUCAACAGCGAUUGACAUGGGUCUAAAACUCAAAUCUUACCAUUGGUCUUGUCUUGGUAGUUCGUGAGUUAGCUUCUCCGCCACGACGAUCUCGCAUGGUAUUGUUUACAAUUGCCUAUUCCCUUCAAAGUUAAUUUUCGACUGUCUUGUUUAAUUCCAAAUAUUCAAUCCCUAAAGUUUGGUUAAAUACAUCCACUUUCGGGUCACCGAAGAUGACUACAAUUCUUUAACAGUCUGUCGUCAGCUAGUUGAUAAAUCGUUGACGUUUUGUGGUUUCAAAUUCCUCUCACGCUAAUCGAAAAUGCACUGAAAUGGUACGUUCUAGCAACGAGUUCCAAAAAGAGUAGAAUCAUAGUUUGUUAUUGAUUCAGAAUAACUUGAAUCCUGGUUGUGGUCGGCAAAAAAUUGGAUAUAGUUAUUAUUUGAUGUUAGGAUGUUUCAGGAACAAAGUUAAGACCGACGGAAUAAGAAUAACAUCCAGGGAGUUGUUUUUUCCUUGUACGACAGACGAAUAUUUCAAAACUAACAGUUUAUCCUACCUGAGAUAGCUUGUCAGUUACAGUAAUACUUCAUCAACAAGUAAAGUUAAUUGUUCCAUCCCGUUCGCUCUAUGGCAAUAGGUUACUAUUUUAACAUUAAUUAAAAGUCCCGUUGUAAAAUUCUUCCUGUAGCCAUCAUGAAGUUACCAAUAAUAUUUCCUCACUCUUCUCUAUUUUGCUAGUGUUGUCUAACUAGUGUCGAAACGAAAGUCCUGUUGACUGGACACCGUUCUUCGAGUAUGCUUUUUCCUGAUACAGGCUAAGAACGCUUAUCAUGAGUGCAUCAACUCAUGCUCAAAAAUAACCGCUGUUUGGUAAUGUCAUGGAAAUACAUGUCAUUUAAAUUUUAAUGGGUUACAAAGUUUAGUUUCAAGUUGCUCUUAUCCAUUCCGGUCGUCAGCCCCUGUUUAAUUAACUACGUAAAUUCGUAUGACUUCGGACAAACUGCAUACGUUCGAGUAGUGCUAAGCAGAGCUUUAUCAUAGAUAUCUUAUUGACAGUUAAUCAUUGCAUAGUAUUGAUACAAAGUGACAUGAUGAUAAUCAUGAGUGUCUCAUAAACUCGUCGCGAUAUGGAUCCUGCCUCCAUUUUUGAGGAUGCACUUAAAGGUCUUGCAACUAAGGAUUUCGAUAACGGAAAUGCUAAACCAUGUGACAGUCUACAAACGUCAGUUAAUGGUUCUAGUGACUUUCUAAAACCUGAAUCUUACAUCACGUAUCCCGACAGUCCACAAUUACCUUCCAUACAAAAUACUCAGAAGGCUUCAGAAGAAGCUCCUGGUGCUUCUCAAAAUGACAUCAUCCUCAGUGCUCUCAUAAAUGCUGGGAUUGCCCCAUCCUCUUUAAAACCUCAAGAAGUUUACUCUAAUACUCCUUCAGUUUCAGUUACUGUGAAUCCAAACGUCAAAGUUCUCAAUGCUCAAGGUACUACCAUACUGAGGGUUGUUCCAUCAGGAAAUGGCAGCAAUUCACCAGUUCAGCAAGCAUAUCCUCCUCGAAUGGCUAGUCAGUUGUUAAAGAAGCCUUCUGAUAAUGGUUUUACAAUGUCUGGAAUUACUCACAUGCCAAAUAUCAUACGGAAAAGGCCUCCUUCGCUUGUCGAAACUAGUCAGCCUUUUUCGAAAAUCAGACGUGUACUUAACCAUGGCCCAGUAGAUAAAGACGUUAGCCAUCAGAUCACAGCAUUUUCUGGUAUGGGUACUGUCCCAACUAGCUCAAGUAAAUGGUAUGAGGCUCCUAAUGUUUCACGACCAUCCUUGCCUCCUCACUGCGUUCGGGUACCUAGUCAUACUCAAAUGACUCCCAGAUCAUACCCGUUGAUAAAACGAGAUGAAGAUAUGGAUGAAGAUGAAGAUUUAGCUCAAGCUGAAACGUAUGCUGACUAUAUUCCGUCAAAACGUAAGAGAAUUCAUGUUUUCACAAUAUACAUGCACUCAUAAUUAGUGCACUGCACAUUAAUUGUGUUGUGCUUCUAGGUGGGUGCAACAUCAAUGCUUGUGUAUGCUACAGGACCAGCAUUAGGAGAAUUAUUGCUUGGUAGUUUUGCAUACUAUAGUCUUCGAUUAGUGUAAAUAUUUUUGGAAUAACCCAUAUGAUUUGAUCAUGUUCGUACUUCAUGAGUUUGACUAAGUAAUAAAGCGAUCAAAUUGACUAAGCGUCUAUACAGUUGUUGGUAGGACAUUUACUUUGUAUUAGUGUAUAUAUAUUUUCAUCAAAUACACUGACCUGAAUAAGAUGAUCGUUAAGAUGACUACUAUCAAAUUGUCCUAGUCGUUAUUAGCCUUAUAAAAUAGUUGGUUACAUCUUCUUAACAAAACUUGAGAAUAAUUUCGACUGACUAAAAACAAAAUGUUAAAAGUGACUUUAUUUCCUAAUGGAGUUGGAAAAAAUGAGAUGAAGGAGCAAAACAUAAUGUUCGUCUUUCAAACUUCUUCAGAGUUGCGGUCCAACAUUAGUGGGUUUACUAAGGAAGGUAUCAAUGGGUAUAGAGGUCCGAAAUGGGUUCCGUCGACACACCUUAUCUAUUAGGCGCUCUUGUUUAAAAGAAAUAACAAAAUUUUUUUGAUAGCCACAGACAAAUCAUUUUAGCUAACAUUCACUUAAAUACCAAAAUCUAGUCAUCUGAUACACAAAUAGAGGAAAGCAAACCUAAGGAAAUAAGGUGUCUCAAAAUUAUAUUCGACCCACUAGUUCAAUAUUUUACGUUAAAUCUUAUUAGCUGUUUUUCUGCACUGGCUAUUUUCCUUAGUCUGAUGACUUAAUUGAAAAAGCUUAUUGAAAUAACUAACUUCAAAGGGGUUGCUGAGAAAAGUAUUAUAUUGAUUAUGGAAAAUGUAUGACUCGAGUCUUGGUACAUAAACCUAUUUUCGGUUACUAAGUAACAUUCGUAAUUGUAACUAAAUUUUUAUUACAGCUUUCAUAGGAGUUGAAGUCCUGAUGUUAUGUCUUGACUUGACAGUGGUAUACAAAUAAGGAACUUGCUACUCAAACUAAGAUUUCAAGCGUUUUGUCUGGUGACACAAGUUUAUUUGUUUUCAAUCUUUCACUCUAAACUUGUAACCCUUUGUUACAACCUAUUAACUUGUGUUCUCCGCUUUGUUGGUAAAAAAUCUUUUUGUACCAUCUCCACAAUUAAAAAAUAACAAGUCUUGCUGAACCUGAAAGUUUCGUAUCGGGAUUUCGAUAAUUCGUAGUGAAGCAUUAUAUAUAUAUUUACAUAUAAGGUGGUGGGGCAACCUUAGUAGAUACAGUCCCAUGAUAGACGGUGACCAACAACAGGUUCAUACGCCUUUUGUUCUCUCAGGAUCCCGGAGCCCAUAUACAUCAGGGUUUUCCAAAUUCCCUAUGUGGAUCUCCUGUGUCCACCAACCCGGUUAAUGCGCCGGACAUUCGCCUUCCGCUCUCAAUUUCGUAAACAGCACCCUCGCCACGAGAAGGCAUCGAGCAGGACUUGCUUGAUAGUGGCUGUAUACAUUUGUCCAUGGGAAAGCAUUUCGAGAGGGAGAGCGGACUUAAUAGUUAUACAAUAAGAUUAUGUCAGUCCGUAAAUAGAUCCUAGCAAUUACCAUUCUCUUAUUCUUCGUUCGGAUAUAACAAUUACUCGACAUUUACUCUUACAAUUUAUCAAUUCUUGCGUAUUAUCUAUUAGUCUUUACUGUUCUUCAUUAUUCUUUUGCGAAAAGACUGCUAUAUUCUGGAAAGUGCUGAAGACAGCAGUGGUGAAUAAUAUGGUUGUGGACAGACAUCUAAAGCCCUGUAAACUUCUGACAGGUGUUAUCUUAUUAAAUGCUAACUAUUCACUUCAUUCAUAUAUUUCUCCUUGUAUUGUGUACGCUACCUAUGUUGGCAAAUAUAAGUAGUAUGUAACAUCAGUCAGAGGUGGAAUGCCUGGCUGCAGAAGAUUGGGAAGAUAAAAUUGAAGAGUCAGUCAGUCAGUACCAACGUAGAACUUCGUACGUACGUACAUCAGUUCGAGUUGCCACACCACAUUAGCACAGAGAUGCAGUGGUCGAUUCAAACCCCGUAGUGCUAGAUGUAGUAAGAUUAUAAGCUGUAAUCACAAAAAUUAAGGUUUGAAGAUGUUAUUCAAGGAAUAUAAUCUAGUGAAAUAAAUUUGGAAAGAGAAAAAAGAAAGGGACAUGAAGAAAUCAGAAGAUUAGAAUUUGGGAGAACACAAAGAGUGGAUGCACCGUUGCAAACGAUUUUAAGCCAUGUCAUUCAAGGUCUCUAACCAUCGGUUGCUUUCAUCUCGCGGAUCCCAACCAGGUAGUCUUCACCUACCAACAUGACUCAGUCCACUUGUCAGUGACUUCAUGAACUUGUGCCAUGUUUUGGUCUGGCCGCCCCUAGCUUUCUUCCAACCUACUCAUAUACCACUGAACAUAGCACGUCGAGGUAGUCGGUCGUUGGGCAUACGUAACACGUGUCCCAGCCAUCUCAACUGAUGAAGUUUCAUCACUUCAUCAAUUGAUUUGCCAUCCUUACCUAGUACCCGUUUCCUAACAACUGAGUUACUUACUCGAUGGUCCCAUGAUAUACGAGCAAUGUUUCGAAGACACCUAUGAUCAAAUACUAGUAACCUACGAAUAUCCUCUACUCUUACCGGCCAUUUUUCACUACCAUAAAGUAGGCUGGAACGAACUGCUGUGCAGUAAACACAUCCUUUGUUUGAUAGACGGAUAUCUCGCCUACGCCAUAAGUGACGCAAGUUGGCAAAAGCUAGUCGAGCCUUCUGUAUCCGUGCUGAGAUUUCGUCACACACCAGACCACAAGGGCUGAUGAGACUUCGAAGAUAAGUGAAGUGGUCGACACGCUCAACUACUUCACUCCCUAUCACUAGUUCGGGUGUGGAUGUAACCCAAUCCUGAAGCAACAUUUUGCAUUUCGAGGGAGAGAAUCGCAUCCCGAACAUGCUUGCAUUGUUGCUUAGAGUGGUCAGAAGACUCUGCAUUUUGUCAGCGUCUUCACCAAAUAAAUCUAUGUCAUCAGCAUAUUCUAAGUCAACAAGUGAACCUCCCGGUAGAAGUUCAACCCCUGGAAAUCUAGACGAGGAAAGUGUUAUCUCUAAAAGUACGUCGACGAC